GGAAACUGGACUUCUAGCGAUUCUUUGUGGAGUUGAAACAGCCUGGAGCAGUGAGUUCACCACCACUAUCAAGUAGGAAUAGCACACUGAACAAUAGAAAUGGCAUUCUCAUCGAGGGAUAUUAUAGAUCCGGAGACUACAAGCCUUGUGGCGUACGAAAGCAGUAUCAAGUCUGGAACUCACGGCGAAGUUUACCAGAAGCAACUGGCCCUAGCACUUUUGCUAAGGCUGACACGAGAAGGGAAGAACUUCCGCUUAGCUUAUGAACUGACAUCCGCGGAUAAGUUUGAUGACGUGGUUCUGUACGAUAAAACAGCCAAGCAAUGGACUUUUCUGCAAUCGAAACAUGCCGACGGCAAAGAAUCGAAGAUAGAUCUCAAUGGCUUGCUACCAAAAACGCAUCGAGAGAAAGGAGAUUUCAGUUUGUACAAAUAUUUCACUUCUUACAUGAUAAUUCGAAAUAGGUUCAAAGGUAAAAUCAACUUGGUGCUGUUCACCAACAAAAAACUAGAUGAAAAGUUGAAAACCGCAGAAGAUUGCUUUGCGGUUCAGGAUCGAAAAGUAGAUGAAUAUCUUCGCUUUACAUCUGAAGGAGCAACCCAGAAAUCACUCAUACCGACUGAAUCCACAAUACAAUCAAUAGUGGAAUACACUAACAAAGAUUUAUUUUCCCUGAAGGACGCUAUCAAGCAACUUUUUACUAGAGGAAUCAUUACAGAUCAGCUUCUAAAAUACAAAGCAUAUUUGAAAGAUAUUUUGAAGGAGUCGGGAAACUGUCAAAUUAGAUUCACAGAUACUUUUAACGAAUCACUGAUUUUCAUUUCUGAAUUAUACAAAAGGCUUCAAUCUGAGCUACAGAACUUUAAGCCUAUUGUUAAACCACAAGAACUCAACGUCAAUGAAAAAGAAUGUGGUUUCACAAAUUUGCAAUCAGUGGAAUUCAAUCAUCUAGCUGAUGCCAUCGAAAACCUUUUUCAUGGAGGGAUGGUAUCCGAUUAUUUAAUAAAGUACGAAAAUCUGUUAGCUUUGAUCCUGACAACGACUGCACAUGGCCAGCUAGCAUUCAAAGAUACAUUCAAAAGUGAUGUAGUUCCUAAAGCUGAAUUGUUUAUAAUGCUAAAAGCUGAAUUGAGUGACAUGAAUAAAGUGAUUACAUUGAAGCAGAAACUGUUCGAUGGAAAGGAUUCUCGAAGCAAACACCAUUCAGUAUUGUUCUACGCGGAGGCAUCUGAUGUGAGACAAUUUUUUGAGCUACUCAUUUUAUCUGUGGAUCAACCGGAAGAAUUACAGCCCUUCAUCGUCGAGGAGCUGCACUCGUGGAUGAGAACGUGGCUGCGGCCUGACGUUUUAGGUAAGCUAACCGAAUGCCACUAUAAAAAUGCUGUGAAGGAUUUCGAUGAUCAUUUUGAAGCAACACUGAAACGCGAGCAAGGAAAAUCCAAACCAUAUUUAAAUCAACAAUAUGUAUCACAGUAUUGCAACAAUUUACGGUUGGAAAUUGCAAAAUCAUAUCCAGAAUUGAGUGAUACGAAUCAGUUAUAUAUUAACAGAGUGCUUAUAUUUGAAAACGAGGAUAUCGAUGAACCACAAGAUUUACAAGCUUCUCAAUUUGAUGGAUACACAUCAUCUGUGCUAAGUCUUCAUUUAGAUGAAUUGUUUUCCCACAAUGACAAUACUACAGAAAAUGGAAAGGACGAUAGAAUAUCUCUACCUAACAAAACUUGCGAGGAAAUGACAGAUAGUGAAUUUGCAGCAAAUAUAACGGUAAAGUUUUCACAUUAUCAGUGUUUAGUUUUAACGGCGGACCCCGGGAUAGGUAAAACUAAACUUCUUCAAUACCUUGCCUUUGAACUUCAAAAAUUGAAGUCAGGAACUGUUUACCUAUUUUACUUAAACAGACUACAAGAUUCCAAGGGAGUCUUAGGCAAUGGAGCAUCAUUGAAUAUUCUGAAAUCUGUAUUAUCUGAUAAGUAUAUUAGGCUGAUCCAGAGAGCUUUGGAAAAUAGGUCCGAUGAUCAUAUAACAAUGCUGUUUGAUGGGUAUGACGAAAUACAUAAAAAAAAUAUUGAAAAAAUAAAUAGGCUGAUGGAAUUAUUGUUAACAUCAAAACAAAUUCAAAUUGUUUUCAGUGUAAGGAAUCACGAGAAAAAAUCAUUGCAAAGCUUCUUCAAAAAGCACAAUAUAAAAGUCGGAUACUUUUCAUUGGAGCCGUUCAGUAGCGAAAAUAUUAUAGAAUACCUUGCACAGUCGUGGGAAGAAAAAAUAGAGAGUGAUAUAAAUUUCAAAUUUUACUCAUAUUCCAAAUUCUUGGUUGAUAAAUUUUAUAGUUUGUGUAGAGUUCCAUUGAUGGUUAAAAUGAUGUCGAAAAUAUACAAGCAGCGCUUCGAGCAAUUCAAAGAAACAAAUAUGAUCGAUAAAGACGAUGGAAUUGACUAUUUAGAAGAAGAGUUUUCUGAAGUUGAACACAUUUAUGAAAGUUUUAUAGAAAAAUGUUUACUAGUAAAGAUUGAGGAUGCAUGCCAUGGCAUCGGGAAAGUCGAUCCGAACAAACACAUAUUUGAUGGGUUUUAUCUUGAUCAUCAGCUGCUAGCAAUAGAGUUUCUUGAUGUUGGUGAUCUCAAGUUUAUCCUCAAAAACCCAAAACACAUAAAAAAGCGGGAAAAUAUUCAAAAAAUCCAUCUGAACCAGAGUGAAAAAUCCAUUUUACUGAAUUUUGUUGACGGUAAAAUUUCGUUUUCUCAUCAUUCUUAUGCUGAAUAUUUUGUUGCUACCUUCCUGUGGGAUGAUUUUAUCAAUCUGAAAAACAUUGUCAAUAAUGUUUUGUCUGGUUUCACGGGAAUAAGAAAGUUUUUCAUAAAAACAAUCGAAAAAAACAUCAAAUUGUUCGAGUCCGAAAUCUCUCAAGAGGCGUCCUUUGAUUCAAAAGAUGUCGUUUUCUGGGCUUGUGAAAGUAAUGCUGUAGAGUUGUUGAAAUAUGUGCUUUCAAAACACAGAAAAAAAAUUCUGUUCAGGCCAAAUGAGGCCAAAAUGUUUCACAUUGCCAUUAAAAACGGCAGUGACAAAAUAUGUUCCUAUUUGAUCGAUGACUGCAAAGUACAUCCCGAUAAGUAUUAUGGUGGUCUAGCCCCUCUACAUUCGGCUAUAAUAUACGGACAUAUAUAUUUAGUACAACUACUGCUAGAAAAAGGAGCUGACAUAAAUAUUCUAAGCACAGCGGGAUGGUCAGCUCUGCAUUAUACAGUUUAUCACAAACAAAUGGCAACUACAAAUUUUUUGAUCGAUAAACGUACAGACGUGAACUCCCCAAACAAAAACAAAUGGACUGCACUUCACAUAGCUUGUAAUAAUGGUGAUGCUGAUAUGACGAGAAUGUUGAUACAAAAAGGUGCAAGGCACGAUGUAACGACAGACGAAGGCAAAACUCCUCUGGAUUUAGCUGCGGCAGGAGGACACACAGAAAUUGUUAUCAUUUUAAUUGAUAAAUUGGCUGAAAAUUUUUAUUUUGACUGGAAAAUUGCCGAUGCAUUGUGGAAAAUUGCUCUUGAUGGCCAUGAAUCUUUGAUAAAAAUGCUAAAAAAAGAAUAUGAAAAAUGGCCUGCACUAUCCAUGUAUUUAGUUGAUCCUGACAUUGUAGCUCGGGAAGUAAUAAAUAAAAAUGUUGAAAAAUUGAUAAACGACGGUGCCAAUGUUAAUGCACCGGAUAGUACAGGGUGUACAGCUCUACAUCGCAGUGCAUCUGAGGGAAACUUUCUUCUUGUGGAACUACUGCUUGGUAAAGGAGCUGACGUAAACGCUGUUGACACAAAUAAUUGGACACCGCUACAUUUUGCAUGCCAGAAUGGGCAUAAAGAGUUUGCAAAAAUAUUAAUUAGGGAAAAAGCCAACAUUGGCGCAUUGGAUGAAAAUAAUUUCACACCUCUUCAUUUUGCAAGCCUGGGAGGUCAUAAAGAGGUUGUGGAAAUAUUAGUUAAGGAAAAAGCCGACAUUGACGCAUUGACUCACAAGAAUUCAACACCGCUACAUUGUGCAUGCCAGUAUGGUCAUAAAGAGGUAGUGGAACUAUUAAUAAGGGAAAAAGCUAACAUUGACGCAUUGGCUGAAAAAAACUUCACCCCGCUGCACUGGGCAUGCCACAAUGGUCAUAAAGAGGUUGUGGAAUUAUUGAUUGGGGAAAAAGCCAAUAUUGACGCAUUGACUGAAAACAACUUCACCCCGCUGCACUGGGCAUGCCACAAUAAUCAUAGAGAGGUAGUGGAAAUAUUGAUUAAGGAAAAAGCCAACAUUGGCGCAUUAACUGAACAGAAGUUCACACUGCUUCAUUUGGCAUGUCAAAAUGGUCAUAAAGAGAUAGUGGAAAUAUUGAUAAGGGAAAAAGCAAACAUUGAUGCCUUGACUCACAAGAAUUCCACACCACUUCAUUUUGCAUGUCAGAAUGGUCAUGAAGAAGUUGUGGAAAUAUUACUAAGGGAAAAAGCUAACAUUGACGCAUUGGCUGAAAAAAACUUCACCCCGCUACACUGGGCAUGCCACAAUGGUCAUAAGGAGGUAGUUGAAAUAUUAAUAAGGGAAAAAGCUAACAUUGACGCAUUAGCUGAAAAGAUGUUCACCCCGUUUCACUGGGCAUGCCACAAUGGUCAUAAAGGGGUUGUGGAAAUAUUGAUUAAGGAGAAAGCCAACAUUGGCGCAUUAACUGAAAAGAAGUUCACACCGCUUCAUUUGGCAUGUCAAAAUGGUCAUAAAGAGAUAGUGGAAAUAUUGAUAAGGGAAAAAGCAAACAUUGAUGCCUUGACUCACAAGAAUUCAACACCACUUCAUUUUGCAUACCAGAAUGGUCAUAAAGAGGUUGUGGUAAUGUUAGUUAGGGAAAAGGCUAACAUUACCUUUAUGGAUGCAGUGGCGUAGCUAGUCGAUAUUAUUCUGCAAGAAUCACUGAUUAAACAUGAUCCAACUCUGCUUAAAGAAGUUCCAGGUAAAUGACCGCUAUUCCACAAGCUCGGUUGGAUUCCCGCUUGAGACGAGAACUCACAAAAUUCUCCACUGGGCCACAGGAUGUUUUGUAUGUUUGCCGUUGCCUAGGGUGAGUAAUGCUGCACAGUCUGUGCUGACCUUUGGCUGAAGACGGUGUGAAAUGUCUUUCCUUAAGGCCCUAACCCCCUAGAAUUUUUUUUUGUUACAAUGUUGCAUUUCGUACAAUUAUACACGCCAGAAUUUUAAAUAGGCUAAUGCAGUAGACGUUCGAUAACUGCAACAUGUUUACGUUUCAUUUAGCGAACAGAAUUCGAUUACUACAACGUCAAACGGGCGUCAACAACCCAUCAAUUGACGUUCAAUGAACGCAAAAUUCAUUCGAGUGUUCAUUCGAGCUAACCUGGCGUACCGAUUUGACAGAUAGCGAUGCGAUAACUGCAAACUUGUUGCACUUACCGGACUUGCAGUUCAUUGUGAGCGAGGAACUAGGAGUAAACUUCUCGGUUAUGCAUGCUCCUGCUCCGUUUGUAAAAAUUUGUGGGCAUCACCCGCCUCUGUUAAUGAGUCUGGAAGCGAGUCCGUCUCGUACCUUUCACGAUACGUCAGAAAGUAUCUCCUAUGAUUUCAGUCGGGCUAAUUUCGGUGAAAUGAAUGAUUUCCUGGAGCGCGUGAACUGGGACGAGAUUCUUAGUGGAUCCGACGCGAACCGUGCUGCUUCGACUCUCUCCGGAGUAUUGCUCUAUGCAAUCGACCAGUUUGUUCCAGUCAUUUCGAAGCGGGAACCGACUAAGCCGGCUUGGUCAAAUGCCGCCCUCAAAAAUCUCAAAAGAGUAAAGCAGGCAGCUCUAAGGCGUCACAGUAAGUGCCGUACGGGCACCACGAGAGCGAGUUAUUUGGAAGCGAAUACUGCAUACAAGCACCUCAACGACAGUCUCUACAGCGCCCAUUUAAGCCAAUUUCAAAGCCGCCUAAAAACUAAUCCCAAGAGGAGUUUUUGGCGGCAUGUCAACGACCAACGUAAAGAAUCUGGAUUGCCGACUACGAUGAUUGAUGGAUUCUAUGAAGCCGAUAUAGUCGACUUGUUCCGUUCACAAUUAAGCAGCGUCUUCGUCAAUGAGCAACUUGACCCACAGGAUGUCACCGAAGCCACACGGAAUGUUCCCAGCUUUCCUGCAUCUGGAGUGCAGUUCGCUAUCACCAACGAUGUCGUAAUUGCUGCCGGCAAAGAUUGAUUGUCAUUAAACGUUGUUUGAAUUCCAUUGCCGCGCCUCUUACAACUGAUUUCAACCUUUCCAUGACAACCGGCGUUUUUCCGAAUUGCUGGAAGGAGUCGCACGUUUUUCCCGUUUUCAAGAAAGGCUGCAAAAGAACUGUUUCAAACUACAGAGGUAUUGCUUCACUGUGCUCUACGUCGAAGUUACUGGAGUUGAUCGUUCUGCACAAACUAGUUCAAAGUUACGCACAUUACAUUUCUGAGGAUCAACACGGAUUUGUUCCAAAACGUUCAACGACCUCAAAUCUGACGUGUUUCACGUCGUACCUGAUACGCCAGUUUCAAAGUGGUCAUCAAGUAGACGCCAUCUAUACUGACCUUUCUGCCGCCUUCGAUAAAAUGAAUCACCAAAUCGCUCUGGCCAAAUUCGAUAAAAUGGGUAUGAACAACAACUUCCUCAUGUGGCUUCGAUCCUAUCUAACUGGACGCAGUAUGUCUGUAAACAUUGAUGACCACAUCUCUUUGCCGUUCACAGUAUGGUCCGGCGUUCCCCAAGGCAGUCAUCUUGGUCCGUUUCUUUUUCUGUUGUAUAUGAACGACGUCAACAUUAUCCUUAAAUGCAUGAAACUUUCAUAUGCUGACGAC